AUGGUGCUCCCAACGCUGCUCGCUGCUGCGUAUCCGGUCCGCUCUCCGGCAGCGUCGAUCACUAUGGCUGCGAGCCUGCCCGAUGCGGUCUCCGAAGUGCUGCCAUCGAAGGUCGCGGAGGAUCCUGGAGUGGUGCCGCUCUGGCGAGCACUGCGCGGGUGCUAUCCGUCCGACGAGGCAGCUCUGACUGCGCUGACCGCCAACAAGGGUAUUGUUACGCCAUGGGUUGUCUCUCCGUCCACCAUCACCAGCAACAACGCGCUGUUGCGAGGGAUGCUGGGCAAGCAGCGAGCGCUCAAUGUCAUCACGAAGAAUCCCGGCGUACUUGCGUGCGAUCCAGAGCGCCUCGCAAUCUCGAGUCCGCAGGAGAUAGAGGCCGUCGCGAGCGCCACUUCGGCCGUCGGCAGAGCGUCGACGCCACUCGCCUUUGCCGCGCUCGCGCUUUUCACGCUCGCGCUGCUGCCUUCUGCCGGCGUCAUGGACGCCGAGCUGGCCGGCUCAAUUGUCCGCCCGGCGAGCGGCGCGAUAGGCGCCACGGCCUUUUUCGCGGCGUUGGCGGGAGCGACAGCAGCACAAAGGCGGUCGUAG